GAGGGGGGGCUCUACGUGAAAAGGCGAGUGACUCAGCCUCGUGGCCGCGCAGACAGACCCGGGCGAGGGGCGCGCGCCGCUGCGGCACAGCCGGCCGGUCCCCGGGGGCGGCAUCUCGCGGCGGGGCGGGCGGGCGCGCGCGCGCUUCCUGGGCGGAUUCGGCCCCCGCGUUGAAAACGCAGCAGAUCUGUUCUGAGGACCAAGAUUCAUUUGGGGGAUGGUUACAGAAUUGAACCAUGAAUUUCUCUCUGAUCAAGCAGACAAUUCAUAAUACAGAGUCUAAGGAUGAAUGUUCGCUGUGAGAGUGACAGGAUAUUGCGGCAGGAGGCCAGCUGCCUAAUGGAUGAAAACUCAGCUGCAGCCCAAGAAAAAGAAACAAAUAACCUGACCUCUUCUGUUCUUCAGAAUCUUUCUUAUCCUCUGGGCCCCAGGAAUGAUGACCUCCCACUUGACUAUGCCUCUCAGCCGGCAAAUCUUCAGUUCCCUCACAUAAUGCCACUUCCUGAAGACGUCAAAAGCACUUGCUUCCAAAGUGGGAAUAAGCGGAACCAUGAACCCUUUAUUGCUCCAGAACGAUUUGGAAACAGCUCUGUGGGCUUUGGCAGUAAUGCUCAUUCCCAGGCACCAGAGAAAGUGACACUUCUUGUAGAUGGCACACGUUUUGUUGUGAAUCCACAGAUUUUCACAGCUCAUCCGGAUACCAUGUUGGGAAGGAUGUUUGGACCAGGAAGAGAGUAUAACUUCACACGACCCAAUGAGAAGGGAGAGUAUGAAAUUGCUGAAGGAAUCAGUGCAACUGUGUUUCGAACUGUGCUGGAUUAUUACAAAACUGGUAUCAUCAAUUGUCCUGAUGGCAUCUCUAUUCCAGACCUUAGAGAUACAUGUGAUUACCUCUGCAUUAACUUUGACUUCAACACUAUCCGAUGUCAAGAUCUGAGUGCUUUAUUGCAUGAACUGUCUAAUGAUGGUGCUCAUAAGCAGUUUGACCACUACCUCGAAGAACUGAUCUUGCCCAUUAUGGUGGGCUGUGCCAAGAAAGGGGAGCGAGAGUGCCACAUUGUUGUGCUGACAGAUGAGGAUUCUGUGGACUGGGAUGAGGAUCACCCCCCACCUAUGGGAGAGGAAUAUUCCCAAAUCCUGUAUAGCUCCAAGCUGUACAGAUUCUUCAAAUAUAUUGAGAAUCGAGAUGUCGCUAAAACAGUGUUAAAGGAACGGGGCCUAAAAAACAUUCGCAUUGGAAUUGAAGGCUACCCUACCUGUAAAGAAAAAAUUAAGAGGAGACCUGGUGGCCGAUCUGAAGUAAUCUAUAAUUAUGUGCAGCGUCCCUUUAUCCAGAUGUCCUGGGAAAAGGAAGAGGGAAAGAGUCGCCAUGUGGAUUUCCAGUGUGUCCGAAGCAAAUCUCUCACCAAUCUGGUAGCUGCUGGAGAAGAUGUCUUGGAAGACCAGGAGAUCCUAAUGCAUCAUCCACCCCAAGUGGAUGAACUUGACCGGCUAAAUGCCCCACUUUCUCAGAUGGCUUCCAAUGACUUUCAAGAUUAGGGCCAACUCUUCAGAGUUGUUCUCUGUCUGGGAUGUCUCAAGCCGAUCUGCCCCAUGGUCUGUGUCAUCCUGAAUAGAAGACAUGUUUCUGUCCCAGUUUUUCCCCUUACCCUGUAACUAAUGUUCCUUUCCAGUAGGUCUUUGCCUCCAGUGUAGGGGAUGAAAAAAAGCUUUGCAGCAGCCUUGGUAACUUAUAUUUGGGUCUGGUGCUGUGAGUCUGCAUAAUACAAAAAGCAGGAAAGGAAAUCAAGACUCUUAUUGUUGCCUCAUAGCAGAGCUAUCCUCAUUCUUUAUACUGUGUUCUUAGGUUUUUAUUUGUUUCAUUUUAUACAAGGCAGAUUACUUAGCAGCAGAGGGACCAAAUUCAAGAAGAUAAUCGCUGUCUCCUACAAGCAAGUACCAACAGGAUGCUCAUUAGGUAUUUCUGAGGAUGGAUGUCAUUCCUGGUGACCUGUGCCCAGAUGGCAUCUGGGAAAAAAAACUCUCAUUCUAAAUGUCCAAAAGAAAGUUAAGAUUUAGGAGUUGGGUUUUUUUUUAUUAGUGCAGUGGACAAUCCAAAACCACUUAUUAAAUAAUCUGUGAAGGAUAAUGGCAUAGCAGUGUUUAUGAGAACUUUUUAACUUCAAGGCUUUUGAACAUAAAUGAAUAAUCUGGAGGAAACUUGCAAAUCAAAUAGAAAAACCUCCAAAAUCAGGUCACUUUAAUGAUUCUGGCUUGGAAUCUGGUAUGAAGCUGGGAGAACUUCGAUGUGGCCUAUAAGGCUUUCAAGAUGUAGGCGAAAAGGUUUUUUUCUCAAAUGUUCAAUUUUUCAAUAGAAUUAUUAAGAACAUCUGCAGGUGGAAUUGGGUUGAACUGUCAGGUUCUAGGCUUUGUCCUGGUGCAGAAUUUUCCUUCAUAUAGUCAUUUCAUAUUGUUAAUUUUUUUUGGCUAUCAGGAUAUUUUUUCUUCAACAGCCCAUCAGCUGCUCACACAUUAGAUAAGAAAUUGAUAAAACUCUUGUUAUCCCCAAAGAAAAUAUGUGAAGGGACAUGAGGUUACAUAAAUUUGUGAGCUGUUAGCUUCUUCAAUAGUAGUGUGGUUUAUGAUAAUCUUGCUAACUUUCUCCAGUUCCUCAGUACUGAACCACUUUCCCUGAUGUUUCCAUGGUUAUUACCAAUUGAGUUAAAGAUCUGGAAGUGUGUUUUGGGAUUAUCUCCCAUUUUAAAGUAUAAAUUGACAUUCUAACCGCCUACCUAGAGCAUUUACUCAUCAGAAAUCAUGAAGAAGUACAUUGUUUCCUUGGUUUUCUUAAACUCCAUUGCCAAGAAAUAAUAUAGAGCACGUGACUUGGUUCUAUUUUUAUCACUGGCCUAGUCACAAUCCUCCAAAAGUAAAGUGGCUGUCAAAAGCUACUCUUCACAGGCUUGGAAAGUGUUAAGAAUUGUGUUCUCUGUUUACCCACAUCCUUCCUUACUCAGAAAAGUCACAUAGUAAGGGAUAAAACUGAGCCAUCCUUCACCUAGUUUUGAUUACCAUUAGUAUUCUUUUACAGGGCUGAUGGCUAGGGUUUAGGUUUCAGGUUAGGGUUAUUUUUAGACAGAUUCUCCCCCCACCCCACCCCCACUGGCUCAUAUUUGAGUUCAGGUUUGACUUUGAGCUACCAGUACUACAUACCCAACUAGGAGGUAGUCAACCCAGAUUAUUUGAUGGUGCUUCCUUUACAUUUUUAUUUUGAUUUUCAUGCCAUCAAAAAGAAAACUUGAACUGUUAUUGUAGUCUAUUAAGUGUGUGUAACUUCUGCUGUACCAUUUAUGUACUACUGUUAAUACUGAAGUAUGAACACAUCAUUGCUAACACUCUAAACCUAAUUAGUCCUUGCUUAGAUAAAAAGCCAGGUAUUAUAAGUAUGGCGUACUUAACACUUUGCUCUAUGUAAAUGAUUCAUUUCCUCAAACUUUCAGGAACUGUUUUUUUCCCUCCAGACUGAUUUAAUAUGGCUUCAGCACUACCCUAUGGGAUCUGAGAAAGCUGAAAGUCUAUAGAGGUGAAUCUGCCAGUGAUACUAGGUAGUGAUAACUGAGGAGAUAGCUGGACCUACAAGUACCUCCUGGUUGCGAGGGAGGUUUCCUUUGUACUCCAGCCCGUCCCAACCUGCACUCAGCAUCAUUGUAAUUUUGUGGCUCCCCUCUUCAUAGCUGCUCUGUUCCCAGGGCCAGGAACUUCCAUAAUAGAAGGAUCUCUCAGGCCUUGCAGUAAAAAGCUGGACUGCAGUCAUCCCUUGAAGGCAGUUAACUGACCAGUCUGGCAAGCUGGGGGCGGGGGAGGGGGGUGUGGACUCAGGUUUGGUAGUUUUCUAAGUGCCUAAAUAAGUAAGCUAGAAUGUUUAUAAAAAAAUUUCUGAAAGUGAUUUUACCCAGAAUGUCUUACUUAGAUAAAGGCAUCUCAGCAAACCAAGAACCUGAAUUUGAGGUAUGGUAUCUUGAGUUUCUGUCAGCAUCAUAUCACUUAAGUUAUUUAAGAAACAUUUGCCAUUGAGAAGUUGGAGACAAGACUGAAAAUUUUCAAGUGAGAUCACUUAACAGGUUUCUCCAUAUGGAGGAAAGUUAUUGAAGGAAAGACAGCAAAAAGGGCAGGGGACCUGCAAAGUGGCUGAUUUCAUUGCACAGUAAGCAGAAGCCAGUAUCUAAUUCCAAGAGAAUAGUAUGACAUUUAAUAUGUAUCACUGUGUGAAAAUACUGUGAAAUAAGCCUAGGAUGAUGGGUAUUUCUGCAGUGUUCCAAUGAGUCCUGUAAGUAAAAAUCAGAAUACAGGCUUUAAAUCAAAUUGUCAAAAUGUAGAAUGUGGAGUCUUAGUUGUCAAUACGUUAGGAAUCAGGGUUUUAGUAACGUAUUCAGUGCCACAUCUUGCCAUUUUUUUAAUUGUUACAUUGGGCAUAGUGCGCUUUAAAAAAAACAACAACAAAAAACACCGGGAUGACUUCAUGAGAGUUGGGGCCACAUUCAUGUUCUGAGUGGGAUCACCUCUGCAGGAGAAAUUACACUUUCUCUUAAAAGGCAAAAUGUUUAUAGGUUUUGCCUCUUUACUGUGUAUUUACUUUUCAUUGCAUUUGUUGACCUACCAGUGUUUACGGAAUCCUGCAUUUGGGAUGCUUUUUCUAUAAUAAAACAUCAUUUGUGUGUC